AAAAAAACAUGACAAAAGCAAACAAGUUUGGAAAGUCCACCAGGUGCCCUAUAUAAAGACACAAAGCUCAAGCCAGUGAAUCAGAGCACAAACUGAUUAGAGAGAAACACACAGCCUGCUCCACUUUUACUGAAGCCAAAGACACACAAGGACUAAGACUGAAGAUGGCGAACACCAGAUUCUUUACUGUGGCCCUGCUGGUCAUUUUCACCCUCAACAGCUUCCUUCCUCAGAUAGAGUCAGUACGCUGUUGCCUGUCAUAUACAAAGAAAAAAAUUCACUGCCAAAGGAUGGAGAACUACACCAUCCAGACAUACAUGGGCAUCUGUGACAUGGAUGCGAUCAUCUUCCACACAAAAGCAGGCAAGUCUAUCUGUGCUGACCCAUCAAAAGAGCAGACUCAGAGGACAAUCAAGUGCCUUAAAGCAAGAGCCCAUAAUUUGUUUUGAGGAAUCUUCAAUUAUACAACACAACAACAAUGAAGCAAUUUAAGAAGACAAGCUAUUGUAAUUGUUUAAUUUUUGUGUGUUGUUCACUACAAGUAUUUAAAUUAUUUAAAAAGGAAAUUUUUAUUGUUUAAAAAAACAUAUAUUUUAAUUGUACGUCAAUUUUUUCUACAUAUGUUUAUGGUAAUGCUGAAGUUUUCACCACUUCGUUAUUGAUCUGUUUCAUAAACAGAAAUGGUACAGUGUCACAUCUGAGAUACAAUGUCGCCAUAUUUUGAAUAUGGACUAAAUGAAAACAUUUUAUGUUUUUAAAGAGUAUCACAAAUUAUUUUUGUGUUGACUUUGUGCUGUCUUCUUCAUAAAAACAGUUUAAACACCUUGAAAGAAAUCAAACGGUUUGUUUUACUUUCAAAAUUCUUAUAGAUUUAAUGUAUGUAUUGCUGUGACAUGGAAGUGUAAUCAAGCUAAAAUAAAGAUACCUAUUUAUGAAACA